UUAACACCUUCAUGUAGGUAUAUAUACGAGCUGAUUAGAUGGAUAUUAUCCUUCGUCAUAUGAAGACUUCCCCCUUUUAAACACAUCUUUAGUGUACCUAGGUAUAUCAGGAACAACUCGUAUGCCUGACUUUCACGAGUCGCCCUGCACUUUUGAUGGGCUAGUGACGUGGCGCUUUAUUAGAAUGCUGCGGUAAUACUGUCGCAUUUCGGUAUGUGUUAUAAUUGGGGGCUGAAGCAGAUUCUUGGUAUCUGCCUACACAUUUGCGUGCGCUGAGAAUUAUAUCCAAUGGGAUCGCUAGCAGCCAUCUUGGAAUGUGAAACGUAAUAGGGCUUAGGAGAAUCAUGCCGUCCACAGCCCCCUCAGAAAGAAACUCUACCCAUAAACUUCUGAUCAACUCAUGAUCCAGAUUCUCACCGAAACUUGACGUUGCGAAGUCCGCAGAGUCGGUCAACCUCUUAGUCAUAGUAUUUUGACGUUAUCUAGGGUCUUCUCAGAAGUUACUUUGGUCCCAACAUUGAAGCAUUCAAAGAAUCAUGCCUAGGGAAGCACGAUCAUUUCCUGGUGUGCAAAAGGGAGGCAAGAUGCAGAGACUCCACCAAUCGAGACUUGGUAGUAGGAGGACACCAAGAAACCAUCCUGUUCCUAGAAAGCUCAUCAUGGGUUAUAAAGAAGCCGGCCUAGAUGAUGAGGUUGAAGCAGAUUCUUCAAACGCAUUUGUCGGGAAAUCUCCUAAAUCUGUACCAAUUUAUAAUUACACUGAAGGUACAGGUUCGAGCAGUGAAAUCCCAAAGCAGCUAUUGGGAAGCUACAAUGGAAUGUGCUGCGGAUCUGAGGCCGAGAGCGAUCAAGAUCUCAGCAUCAUGAAUUGCAAUUAUAUCAGUCCCAAUGAAUUUGGCAAAUUGGGGAUACCUUUCGAUCAAGUAUACCAAUGCGAUCAAUGUGGAAAGCAGGUCUCCGAUAUAAUUAGCAGGGAGCACCUACUUGAGUUAGACCGACUAUCUUUGAAUGGCAACCACUCAAGUUGGGACCUAUAUACUGCAUUGACUAGGUCUGCUUUGAUCGUCGACUCGGGUGAUCUAGACUACCAGCACGCCCGCGAACCUACAUUCGGUUGUUCCCCUGGAGAGUCCAGCUCGGAAACAAAUUUCGGCUACGGCUUGACUGUACGUUGCAUUUUCUGCGAGUACCGAUUCUACCUCUUUUAUCGCAGUCUAGGGGUUAUGGAUCAUAUGUCAUAUUUGACGCCCGAUUCUAGUCCUAGGUCAGACAGCUCCUUAUUACAGGAACAACACAUGGCAAAUACGACUAUGAAUAUAGAUGGAUUGCUCCCCGGUACCAACAUCGAGCAUCAAGAUCCACUCUUCCCUCUCGAAGUCCAAACUCAGGGUUGGAACAGGCAGCACGAUCAAGAAUUCACGAAUGAAUUUCAACCAGAUAAUCAUGAUGACCCAAACAAUACAUAUAAUUGGGCCACUAGUCAAAGCCAAGACGAUGCUAUGGUUAGUCCUAGUGAAGACUAUUCGAUUUCUACUGGAUUGGAAACAGAAGUGUCGCCAUCUGCUCAAUCUCAAUCUCAACAAGCAACAGCGAAUGUCCAACCCAAUAGCGAUCAGGCGACGGGCAUGAAAAAGUGUUGGGCCUGUCCAUGGUAUAAGAAGGAUCCAUUGAAAUACCAUGAAUGCUCCAAGUACAAACUGAACCGCAUAAAGGACGUCAAACAACAUACAUUGAGGAAGCACAUGAAACCAGACAUCUACUGCCCUGUAUGUUUCAAGCUGUUCCAAACUGCGAGCGAGAGAGACGGCCAUAUACAGAAAAAGAAUUGCGAGUCACAAGAUAGACCAGAUUUCGAUGGCAUCUCUGAGGAACAGCGGAAAGAGUUAAACCAGAUUGCUAAUCGCGGAAAAAGCGACAUGGAUCAGUGGUAUUCCAUGUGGGAUGCUAUAUUUCCUAAAACCCGUCGUCCUCAAUCGCCACAUAUUGGUAACGGAUGGGAGAAAUUAGUACCUCUACUUCGAAAUUUUUGGAAUAAGAGUCAACCGGAAAUCCUUUCCAAAGCCCUUCAAGUGUCCUUGCCUGGAUCCGAAAUUCAGAAUAUCCAACGUGUCGUGGAUAAGAUCUUUGAUCUAUUCGAGGCAGAAUCAUCAUGCUGGGGCACUAAUCCAGAUGUCUCCCCUGAAAAUGUGCCUCCCAAGAUCAAGGAAGAGGAGCUCCCAAAACCUGUGGCAUCUUAUGGUCUUGUUCCACGAGAUUUAACUCAACACCAAUGGGACAUAACCCCUGAAUUGCAAGACCCUCCACUGGAGCAACAAGUGGUGCUAGAAGCCGAUAGCAAUCUAGAAUAUAUGAUAGGAAAUCAUGUCAACGUGAAUCUCGACAACCAAUUUGACGGCCAAGGCCUAGUUACGAGCACAAAUUAAUCUCUCAUGUUAGCAUCAGUGCUAUGUUGUGUUGGACUUUGUCUAAGAACUUUCUCAUAAGAACGAGACCUGGAUCGAAAUGCCUCAAACGAGGAAAAUAAACAGAAACAAAUAAGGAAACCUAUGAUCACAGGCUUAAUUAGAGGCAGGAUAUCAGCAAAGUAGAGGGGAGUGGUGCCAGUUUGUAUACUAUUUAGCUUUCUUUUGUUUUUGUGUAGCUAGUUUCAUUUCAGGGGUCGUAUCAUUCAAAAUAACUGUAGUGAAAUCAUAUAUUCAAAUCUCGUCCUUGGAUCACUAGGUUAUUAUCAGACUGCUG